AACAAGAAGAACAAUAACAAUUAGCGAUAACAGCAGCAGUCGCAGCAUCUGAGAAUGCCACAGAUGAGAGCCGCUGCCGCUGAGGCGGCUGCAGCGGGCAAUGCGAACCCUCAGCCGCUGGUGAAGAUCGGACACUAUCUGCUUGGUGCCACACUCGGCACGGGCACCUUUGGCAAGGUGAAAAUUGGCGAGCAUCAAAUCACACGGCUGAAGGUCGCCGUCAAGAUACUCAAUCGCCAGAAGAUCAAGAGUCUCGAUGUUGUCUCCAAAAUCAAGCGAGAGAUCCAAAAUCUCAAACUCUUCCGGCAUCCGCACAUCAUUAAGCUAUACCAGGUCAUCUCAACACCAUCGGAUAUAUUCAUGAUAAUGGAGUAUGUCAGCGGCGGCGAGCUGUUCGAUUAUAUUGUGAAGCAUGGAAAGCUGCAGGAGCAUCAGGCGCGACGCUUCUUCCAGCAGAUCAUAUCGGGCGUGGACUAUUGCCAUCGGCACAUGAUCGUCCACAGGGAUCUGAAGCCAGAGAAUCUGCUGCUCGAUCACAAUAUGCACGUGAAAAUUGCCGACUUCGGUCUGUCCAAUAUGAUGCUGGACGGUGAGUUUCUGCGCACAUCAUGCGGCUCACCAAAUUAUGCAGCGCCCGAGGUGAUAUCGGGCAAACUGUAUGCCGGUCCCGAGGUGGACAUCUGGUCGUGUGGCGUCAUACUGUAUGCGCUGCUGUGCGGCACUCUGCCGUUCGAUGAUGAGCAUGUGCCAUCGCUGUUCCGCAAGAUUAAGUCGGGCAUCUUUCCGAUACCCGAAUAUCUCAAUAAGCAGGUGGUCAACUUGGUGUGCCAGAUGCUGCAGGUGGAUCCGCUGAAGCGUGCCACCAUCGAGGAGAUCAAGAAGCACGAGUGGUUCCAAAAGGAGCUGCCCGCCUAUCUAUUCCCCUCAUCGAUCGAGCAGGACUCGAAUGUCAUCGAUACGUACGCCGUCUCCGAGGUCUGCACCAAAUUUGGCGUCAAGGAGUCCGAGGUGCACAAUUCAUUGCUCAGCGGUGAUCCGCACGAUCAGCUGGCAAUCGCCUAUCAUCUGAUCAUCGAUAAUAAACGUUUCGCCGAUGAUGCCGCCACACAAAUUAGCGAGAUAAAUAACUUUUUUGUGGCCGGCUCACCGCCACCGGCAACACAAUUGACGCACUCCACCCACGAGCCGCGCACCAGCGGCGCUGAGCCGAUCGCCACCGUUUUUGUUGGUGGCGGCACAGCUGCCAGUUCGGGCAGUGCAACGCCCGUUCACAACGGUCCAAUGGGUGGCAGCGUUGCCACCAGCGGCAUUGCAGUGCCAACCAUACGGCCACAUCCCGAACGGAUAGCACCGAUGCGCGAACGCCAGCUGGCCAUGUCUGUGCAGAAUACGGGUGGCGCCGCCUUUCCCGAGAAGACAGCGCGCGGCGGCACACCAAUUAAGCGGGCCAAAUGGCAUCUAGGCAUACGAUCGCAGAGCAAGCCGAACGACAUCAUGCUCGAGGUAUAUCGGGCGAUGAAGGCGCUCAACUACGAGUGGAAGAUCAUCAAUCCGUAUCAUGUCCGUGUCCGGCGCCAGAAUGUGAAGACUGGCAAAUUUUCGAAAAUGUCGCUGCAGCUUUAUCAAGUGGAUGCGAAGAGCUAUCUGCUUGACUUUAAGUCGCUGACCAACGAUGAGGUCGAACAGGGCGACGAUGUCAUCAUGGAGAGCCUAACGCCGCCACCGAUGAGCGUCAGCGGCACAAUGCCCAUGCAGCCAACGGGCCACCACACCAUGGAGUUCUUUGAGAUGUGUGCCGCACUCAUCAUACAGCUGGCGCGUUAAGAACACGCCUACCAAAACACACCUAUUUUUUGAAUUCACCCUCCCCACACACACACACAAAUACACAUACAACACACACAGUAAUAUACACACACACAACAAACACACACACAGAAAUAUACACACACACAACAAACACACACACACACAUCAUGAUACAGCAGCCAAAUGAAUGAGGAAAAUGAAAACUAUAUUUUGCUUGCCAAUUUCAAUUCAGCCCAACAAUUUUGAAAAUAUGAUUUUUAAUUUCAAUGACGAUUCGAAAUUUGUCAGCAUCUUUAAUUGCUUAAAGUUCACAAAUAACAAAUGAUUGUAUUAUGUUUAAUAUUGGUCGCAAACAGUUGAUAUAUAUUUAAAUAUGAAGAACGCAGAAUUGUCGAGCGAUUUUCUCGUACAACAGAUUCAUUUGGCAGCCACAUCAUGAUAUUAUUAUUAUUAUUAUUAUUAUAUAUUAUCUAGCAAACUGUUGAGCAAAAUGCGCAAAAAAAAAGAAUAUUCUUUUGCAGUGCAGUUCAUAAUCCAUUUAGUUUUUUAAUUGUGUUGCUACGCUUGGCGCUUAAUUCUUUUUUUUUUUAUUGGUUGAUGAGUCGCGUAUGAUUUUUUAUUUUUCUUAUAGUAUUGUAUUGUAUAUUGUAUUAAUUGCUAAUGAGUCAAAAACACACACAGCUGAUAAAGAAGAAAAUAAUAAUAAUGCAAUACGUAUUUGAUUUAACGAUUUAACUUGAAGAUGCAAUAAUCGACUAUUUCCCCACUUCCGCCUUUGCUGGCUAAUCUAUUCUAUUCUAUCCGCUGGCCGUUGGUUUCUUGGUCUCUUGGCAAAAAUAAUAAUAAUUGUUAACAAAUUUUGUAUAUGGUAUAAGGCAUAGCUGAAAUACGAUGCUUGCAGCAAAUGUUUUCGUAAUUCUAUCUGUAACAAGAAAAAGUGAAACUAACUAAAUAUAUACGAUAUAUAAACAAAACAAUAUCAAGUUGCCAGCAAAUAUUGA